AUGUCAAAGAGACAGGCAGAGCUGCCCCUGGAGCAAAACUUCCCCGGGUCACCAGUCUUGAAAAAAGUGCGUGUGGAGGAAGAGACCGAGGCCAAUCUUCGCAAUGGCGCGCCCGCGCAACGAACCAGCGGCCAGGAGCUCGAGCAGGACGAGCGCAAUGGCAACGAUAUAUUAGCAGCCGCCGACAUAGAAGGAGAAGAGCUACAGGAGGGUGCACAGGACAUGCCGGAGUCCUCGGAUAUUGAUGAAGAGGUCUCCGCCCUCAGCGCGCCCAAGAGACAAACCCAGCCCAUGGAAGGUUACGGCGACCUCUACCUCGACACCAUCAACCGCAGUGUGCUGGAUUUCGAUUUCGAGAAGCUCUGUUCCGUCAGUCUGUCAAAUAUUAAUGUCUACGCUUGCCUUGUUUGCGGCAAAUAUUACCAAGGACGCGGUCCCAAGUCGCACGCCUAUUUUCACGCGCUUGAAGUAGGACAUCACGUCUUCAUCAAUAUCGGUUCGAAGAAGGUCUAUGUCUUGCCUGAAGGCUAUGAAGUCAAGAAUCAGAGCUUGGAUGAUAUCAAAUAUGUGGUGGAUCCUCAUUUCACUAAAGAUGCGGUUAUGAAACUUGACAGGGAGGUGCACGACGCUUGGGAUCUUUCGGGUUCACGGUACAGGCCAGGAUUCGUGGGAAUGAAUCAGAUCAAGAAGAAUGACUACUUUAACUGUGUCAUUCAGCUUCUGGCUCAUGUCCAUCCUAUCCGGAACUUUUUCCUUCUCCACGAAUUUCCAAUGCCAGGCACACCAGAGCUCGUCCUUCGAUUCAGCACACUUGUGCGGAAGCUAUGGAACCCAAAGGCAUUCCGGUCCCACGUAUCUCCGCAUGAAUUACUGCAGGAAGUGGCUCUGCGAUCCUCGAAGCGCUUCACACUCAGCGAACAAUCAGAUCCCGUGGAUUUUCUUUCUUGGUUCCUGAACACCCUUCACCUCUCGCUGGGCGGCUCCAAGAAACCAUCGACUGCCCCGACGAGCGUCAUUCAUGCUACAUUCCAAGGCCGCGUCCGAAUUGAAUCUCAGGCCAUUACCGCGCACUCCGAUACCCAAAACGCCCGUCUAGUCUUCACAGAAUCUGGCGACAUCAAAAGCAACGUCACCCCCUUUAUGAUCCUCACUCUGGAUCUACCUCCCACCCCCCUGUUCCAAUCCGCAAACCGCGAAUCCAUCAUUCCUCAGGUUCCGUUGACUACCCUCCUCAACAAAUACAACGGCCUCACAGCCUCUGAAAAGAUGGCGCAUCGUGUCCGACACCGCCUCCUCCAUCCUCUUCCGCCUUUCUUAUUUUUCCACAUCAAGCGAUUUAGCAAGAACCGUUUUGUUGCCGAACGCAACCCAACCAUUGUGACCUUCCCCUCCCCUCGUGGCCUUGACAUGUCGCCAUACGUUGAGCCCAACCCAGAGGUCUGGCCUCCGGGUGAACCAAUUGUGUACGAUCUCGUCGCCAACAUCAUUCUCGACCCCAGUAUCGCGGCACCAGGCGCCACUGAAGACGCAGCUGACAAGGGUGUCAACGCUGCUUCUGGUGCCGCGGGUUCCUCUUCUGGGGCCGGCGGAGGCAGCGAGAAGGUCUCCUGGCUUGUCCAGUUGCACGACAAGGCUGUCUCAGCUGAAAAUGCCCGCCACCAAGGUAGUGCUGCAGAGCACUCUGAAUGGCUCGAGAUUCAAGAUCUCUUCGUUAAGCGCGCCGAGAGUGAGACGCUCUUUACGCGCGAGGGCUACUUGAUGGUCUGGGAACGGCGCAAGGUUCCUGGACAGAGGGGAAAGGGCCGUGCAAAGUAG